AUUCAUUGUAAGGACGUGUGAAAGGAAUCCUCUCUAACGAAGACCUAGCAAGUCAUCUACAGUCUAGCCACGAAGAAGGGACUGUGUCAAAAGCUUCUCAAUAAGUAUGAGAUGUUUAGAAGAUGAGGAUUUUGGGGUGCUCUCGGGAAAGGUUCCAUACUUUUCCAAGGUUGAAUACACAACUAUCUCUUGACAAGUUCAUGCUGAGGAAAUGGCAGAGCAGCAACAGAUGAAAACUUCCUUCCUCUAUAUCCAGCUGAAGUCACCAAGCAAAUGUGCUGAGCGAUCACAGAAGGCGUGCUGCUUGGCAGAGAAAACUUUCUUAGCUGCAAGCAGAAAGGCAUGUGACACUAGGAGGCCAAAUUCUCCUGUGAGAGAAGACACACAGCCUGCCUGUAGCAAGCUGAAGACAGAGGCAGGCAGUUCUGCCCAGAACACAGUGUCAUGCUUAAACAUCUGCUUAGCAAUGAGCAAUGGCACCAAGGAAAGCACAAAUACUGCCCAAGGAAGCACACUGCCACAUGCCAAAGCAAGCCACACAACGUAUCUCCACGAUCAAGGUGCUGGAUUAAGCAAUAAGCAGCAAGAAAAUGGAAUCUUCAGAUCUGAUGUCCCAGUGACAAGCCAUCAUGUCCCCCACAGUCACAGCUAUGUCUCAAGCAGCUGGAAUGUGAUGGAUCAACGCUACAAUGCAGGGGAGGAAAAGAUGUGGUGGAAAGUUGAAGUAUGCAACACCACGGUGACAAAUACUCCAAUUCUUUGUAGAAGUCCUGAGUUUAAAAGUUUCCGCGAGGCAUCGGUCAAAAAAUCUACCACAUUAAUUGGAUUACAUGACAGAUAUAUUGGGCAACGAUUAGAGGGAAAGAGGCUAUCCACCAGGUAUCCUAUGUCAGUGACUACUGCCAGUCCUGUCAAACUGGAAAAGGCAGAAAGGUAUGUUUGGGUUAACAACACGUCGGUACACUCCCAGAAUGUUGCAAAGGCGAAGUAUGAAUUCUUAUUUGGUGCGCCCAUCUCAACAACAGAUGACAAAGCACCAGAUGACCCUGGAAAUUCAAGAUUGCUUCCACAGGCUGCUAGUGUCAACAAUGAAUUCCCAGAAUAUGGAACAACUGAGCACAGGGAGAAUGACACAUUUCGAGCUGAAUAUGAACAUUUAGAUGAACAAACACAAUGCCCAGAAGAUCUAAGAAGACAGGAGGAGCCCUGCCCAGAUGCACAGAAUGACAGUUUCAUGGACAAUUCUGAACAAUGUUUACAUGAUAAAUUAAAGAGCAGGUCUCAAAAGUUAGAGGGGGGUGAUGGUGGAGACAAGGAUUUUUCUCCAGAUCCUCAGAAGAGUAACAGACACUCUCAACCAGAAUGUAAUUUGAUUACAGACAGUGGGAAUUUAGAGAACAGACAUGAUAAUCCUAAUGUCCAGAGUCCUCAGCCAUUAGAGCAAUUAGAUGGCCUUAUGGUUCCAAGUCAGGAAGAGUCAUCCAGUUCUCUUACAGUGGUUCCUCCAGAAAAGAAGUCAUAUUUGUAUGCUGAAAGAGAGCUAGCAGCCAUUUCAGAGGAAGAGACUCUCUCCGAAUCUUCUCUAUCACAAAUCACAGAGAUUGCAGAUUUUCCCAGAUCACAAAUUAAUUCUUCAACUGUCAUGGACCACAGUGAUGGUCCAAUGGAAAGAACUGUCUCAACAGGAGUUGGUGUGGAAGGGAAUGGUGGUGCUACUCACUCACAAUCUCCUGUUUUAUCGGUAUGUUUGGAAAGUGCUGCUAUUAAUGGUAUUGAUAUUUCAACGGUACAAAUAGAAAAGGAUGGAAGAUGGGAGGACCAUUCCCCUUCUACAAUUCAUGAAAAACAAAACGAUACUGCGUCCCUUAUAGCUCCAGGAACGAGCAGUUACAUUCCAACGCCUGAGAGGACUAGAAGUUCUGUAGGGGCAACAUUUUCAUCUGUAAUUCAGAGGCCUAGGAGUGCUUCUGACUCAUGUACUCAUGAUGGUGUAGACAAUGAGGUCUUCAUAAAAGAUGGAGAUGAGAUUUCAGGACAUGUUCAAAUACCCCAAAGUCCUAGGAUUGUUGUCGAUGACCAGUAUGAAAGCAGCACCUUUAGAUCAAAGAGAUGCUCUGAGGACUCGACAGAUUUGUACAGCUCCCAGUUUGAGAACAUACUGGACAAUACAUCUUUGUACUACAGCGUGGAGUCACUGGACACCUUAUACUAUGAGCCAGAUAGUUUUUUCAGUUUUGAGAUGCCACUGACACCAAUGAUUCAGCAGAGAAUCAAGGAAAGCAACCAGUUUUUGGAGAGGAACGUGUCUGCCGACGUGGAACAGGAGUUUCUUAAAGUUGACUCUGGCAGUGGAAUUACUAUGGGAUACAGCAAUGAUGUCACCAACGGGUUGGAUGACACCACAGACAUGGAAUUAAGUAAAACAAGUGAGGAGUUGGAUAUCUCAGGAAGUGAUGCCGGACCCAGCAGAAGCCCUCUAGAGGCCUCACAUGACAUGGGCAGCACUGAAAUCCUUGAAAAGGGAAGCACUGAAAACCUCAGCAAUGGGACCAAUAGUAACGUACAAGCUGCUAAACGUUUGGCCAAACGCCUCUACCAGCUGGAUGGAUUUAAACGCUCUGAUGUUGCAAAGCAUUUAGGGAAAAAUAAUGAUUUCAGCCAGCUUGUGGCAGAAGAAUAUCUCAAAUUUUUUGAUUUCACGGGGUUCACCCUAGAUCAGUCACUCAGGAGUUUCUUUAAAGCCUUCUCACUCAUUGGGGAAACUCAGGAAAGGGAGAGAGUAUUAAUCCACUUCUCCAACAGAUAUUUUCAAUGCAAUCCAAAUGCCAUAAUUUCUCCAGACGACAUCCACUGUCUUACCUGUGCAAUUAUGCUUCUCAAUACUGAUCUGCAUGGACAUAAUAUCGGAAAGAAAAUGAGCUGUCAGGAAUUCAUUGCCAAUCUUCAAGGAGUGAAUGAAGGCAAAGAUUUCCCACGAGGGCUUCUCAAGGCUCUGUACAACUCUAUCAAGAAUGAGAAGCUGGAAUGGGCUGCGGAUGAUGUUGAUGCGAUGAAGAAGUCCCCAUCAGACAGCAAUGAUGACAAAUCCAAUGGCAUGGGAUCAAAGAGUGUUAGUCGGAUUGGAAGUAGCAGCAACCCAUUCCUGGACAUCCCCCAUGAUCCUAAUGCUGCAGUUUACAAGGCUGGUUUCCUUGCACGCAAAAUCCAUGCAGACAUGGAUGGGAAAAAAACUCCAAGAGGAAAACGGGGAUGGAAAACGUUCUACGCUAUUCUGAAGGGAACAGUCCUCUACUUGCAAAAGGAUGAAUAUAAACCAGAAAAGGCUUUGUCCGAAGAUGAUUUAAAAAAUGCUGUAAGUGUACAUCAUGCUCUGGCUUCAAAGGCAACAGAUUAUGAGAAGAGACCCAAUGUCCUCAAGCUUAAAACCGCAGACUGGAGAGUUUUCCUUUUCCAAGCACAGAGCACAGAAGAGAUGGAAGCAUGGAUUAACAAAAUUAAUUGUGUGGCCGCAGUGUUUUCUGCUCCACCGUUCCCAGCUGCUAUAGGAUCGCAGAAGAAAUUUAGCCGCCCGUUACUUCCCGCUACCACUACCAAGCUGUCUAAGGACGAACAGCUGAAAUCACAUGAAACAAAACUGAAACAAAUCUCCACUGAACUGGCAGAGCAUCGCUCAUAUCCACCUGACAAGAAGGUGAAGGCCAAGGAAAUAGAUGAAUACAAGAUGAAAGAUCACUACCUGGAGUUUGAGAAAACCAGAUAUGAAGUUUAUGUACAGCUUCUGAAAGAUGGUGGAAAGGAGCUGCUGGCCAACGGGGAAAAUGAUAAUUCUGGCCUGAAAAAAUCUCAUUCCAGCCCCUCCCUAACUCAAGAUUCAUCACCAGCCAGUGCCAAGGUCAAGCGUAACAUUUCGGAAAGGAAGGAUUACAGGCCAGAGACACCCAGCAUCAAGCAGAAGGUUACCUAAGAGGCAUAAAAUGAAUCAAAGCUGGAGUCAGUCAGCAAGAGCAGCAAAAUAUUUCCUCCGUCACAAUUGUUACUAUCUGUGGUUCAUUCAAACAACAAAACAAGUCUGUGACUGACCGGAGCUUGAUAGCUUUUUCUCUUGCACAUUCCUUUUUGCUGUUGACUGCUCACUGUAUCGUAGUUGUCUUUGUUCCCAAUAUGCAGAGUGUGGUAUUUUGGCUUAUGACAACUCAUGAGCUGCAGGUUCACUUCAGAAUUGAAAGGUAUAGUUAAGAAUGCACCUUUCUUCAUAGGGCGGUUCCAAUCCAUGCGUGCCCAAGAGUCCACCAUUAUGCACCUUCAACGUGGUGUUAGUUUUUGCAGAGGGUAGACUGGUGUUGGUUUACUGCAGUUGAAAAUAUUUUUUUUUUAUUAUGCCAAUUACACAAAGUGUUAGAUCUAAAUUGGGAUUUCACAUGUCGUUGAAUAGGCAGCACAGGCCUGACCGGUUCUUCAGCGUCUUGCCUCCUCCGUUUUUACCGACAUUAGUCUCUUGAUAUAUAAUUGCACGUUUGAGCUUGUGUAGUCUGGACCAUUAAAUUAAGAUGUACGAUUUUGGUCAGGGCAGUGUGCACGUUCAGUUUUCAAUCUGCACAUUAUAUAUCAUGUCUGCUAAGCAUUAUUCAAGGUCAAUCAAUUUAUGAAUGUAUUGUACAGUUUCAUCUCAGUGGUUAGCCAAGCCGGGGCGGGCUUUUUGCUUCUCCAUACAGAGAUCUAUAGGUCUGCAGAGAAUGGAUAAAUAGGAGCACAUUUCCCAUUCAAUAGAGAAAUCCGUAGGCAGGCCUUUACUAGAUUUGCGGUAAGAAUAUUUGAACAUUUCUGCGCUAAUUACAGUACCGGACUGCUUCGCAUUUCACCAGCUCUCCUGCAUAUUUCAUUCUAUAAUAGAUGCAUGGUAUACCUACUACAGGUUUCAAAGAAAGCUGUAAUUUUCAACCACAUAUGAUAUUUUUUCACUAUCUUUGAACUUUGUAGCUCAUUCAACAUGAGGAGAUGCAGAAUCCAAAGGGUAUAAUUUCUGACAGAUCGCAAAGAUGUGCUCUCAUCAUGUUUCAUCACGACUUGUAUUAGAUAUGUCUCCCUUAAAAAUGCAUUUUACUGCUGCCAAUCACCCAGAUCCAGCCGUCCUUUUAAUUGUACGCUUCUAAUGCGAGUUACUAUGUGUACAUAUUCUGAUCAAGGGGGUUCUGUAUCUAAUGGAACUGUCAUCAGUUUUAGAAUGCAUCAUAACACCGCUCUAAAGAGACCACAGUUGAACAUCAUGCUACAACGCAAAAAUUAGACAUUUGCUUUUUCAGCUUGGUUUAUAGAUCGACCGCCGCUAAGUUUUAAUGAGUUGCUAUUGGUUUCAACUGAUUAGCAUGAAGUGAGCUUUUAGCUUAAUUCAUACACAAUUGUCUCCAAAAACUGUUUUACCGAGGUUAUUAAACCUGCCAAACAAAUCAAUUUCUAGAAUUAUUGUGCUUUCCAAAAUCUAUCAGUUUAAUAUAUAUAUAUUUAUCCUUCUCCCUAAGCCAAGGCGAUGCCAGUUUGAUUAAUGAAACAACCUUUCCUUGCUCAGCAGCUUAGCUAACAGCUUUCUGUUCGGAAGGCACAUUGAGAAUGGACUGUGAGCACAGGAGACCUGGCACUCAAAGCUGAAUUAUGCAUUUGCUUCCUGCAUCCAAGGGAAGAAACAAGUAUAUUGAAUUUUGGGUCCAGUACACAAUAUCCAAUUUUUUAUUUUAUUUCUACAUAAUGCAUUUUUUAUUUGCAAAUACAGUUACUUUGCUUAUAGAUAAAGGUUCGUAGCCAUGCAGUUAGCUUUAGACAUAUGUAUUCUGAAGCUAGGCAUGUUGUAAAUACCCAUUCCAUCUUGAAUAAAUUCCAGGGAGAAAUGUCGGGGGAACAUAGACAAACAAAAAUGCAUACAUAGAAAGGGCUUCUGUAUACAGGGACAUUUUAUAGUGUUUGAGUGUAGUUGUUAGAAUUCAGCAGUACUGGAACAGAGCAGACUCGCCUUCCUACCUGUCAUGGACUACAGAAGUGAAUGAAAUCAGCGCUCUAUUAGACUGCAUCUCUAUGAGGACUUGGGGUUGUCCCCUGAAAAAUACAGGUACUUCUAUCCAUGAACUAUGUCUAGUCGUUACCAUUUACUGGGAUGAGCUUCACUACCAGGAACGGCAAACCGUUUCUUAAAACAAAACUGUAUUUCUGUUCCUUGGCACACCUUUAAAGGAAAACUAAACAAAGACAAUAUUUUUUAAAAAAAUCACAUCUUUUCUUCCCUAAAUUACAUAUAUUUUCUUCAAUUCUAUCUUGUCUCAUAUUACAAUUAAAAUGGAGAAAUAUAUGAAAGAAUCUGAUCUUGGUGUCCCAGGAGUUCAUGCAGACCCACCGUCCUCACCUUUACUGUCUUAUGUCUGACUGUAGGACAGCUGGCUGCAGCAGGCGCCUCCACCCUCUGUCAUGCCUGCAGUAGGACAAAAAGAUAUUUAAAGUCAUUUCUGUCCAUUUUGCUAAUCCCCUCACAACCUCAGUCAACCACCAGUAAAACAUGGAUGAGAUCAGCAGGAGAUUAACCCUUAUGUUCGCUGAUGAAUUUCUACAAGACCGUUGGUGUCAUGCCCAUUCAGAAAAUGCUGCAGGCAAACCGUGAGGGCACCUAUAUUUCUUGUUUGCUUUUAUCAUUCAUUAGUAGAUUUAGUGCUCCACAUUUAAAUGUGCAGCAAAAGAAAAUGUAGCUACCUUUUACUAUGCUAUCUAUUGGCAGCUUACAUUCCCCAUUGUGGCCCAGUAUAUUGUAAACAGCCUGGACGUUUCAUUUACAUUUGAAGUGAAGAGAUCUUCGUUUCAAGGGCCUGUGUAACAUCAGUUUCAAGGAUUUAACCUCAAUAGGCCAGGUCUCCUACACAACCGGUAUGAUUAAUGCUGUUAUUUAUUGAUGUUUUUUGUCUAUUACAUGGCAUUAUCUGAAGGUACAUGAGACUGACACUUGUUAAUAUUCUACAUGUCGGAAGACUUAGAUGAAGGACUGAUAGGCUCUGUAUUCUGUGUACAUGUGAUAUGUAUAAAAUGUAUAUAUGGUCUUUGUGUUCAUGUGAAGGAAUAAUUUUUAUUUUCUUUUAAAAGGUACGAUUCCUCAAUAGUUUUUUACAUUGAGGUUUAUGAAUCAUGUUGGUUUGCACAGUGUAUUUUUGCUUUUCCUAUUAUUUUCUAAUACAGAGUAUAUCUGCUACCCGAUUUUCAUCUCCCAUUAGCCUGACAGCUAAUAUCUUUUAGCUUUCUUUUUUAUUUUGUUUUUUAUACCUGUAUGAAUAUUCCUUAAAGGGGUGUCCAAGUUGGACAAAAUACUUUUGGGGGAGAGUGGGGAGUUUAAUGAGAUUAAAUAAUAAAAGGAGCAUUACUUAUCCAUGUAUUCUCCCACCAUUUCUAUACUGUGGCUUUGAUCCUCCCUGCUGGUGUCUCUGUUCACUUGGCUGUAGCCUAUUUUUGGCCUCAGCCGCUGAGACCAGUGAUUGGUUGCAGUAGCUGCAUGGGUAUACAGAUACAUUUCCAUUGCAGCCAAGUAACCAGAGACCAGUGGGAAAGAACGGCACUGGAAUAUCAGGGGAAUAAAGGGGUAGGUAAUGCUUCUUUUAGUAUUUUAUCGAAUUGCCCCCCUUCCUGUGCAAUUUGUUGCCCAAUUCGGACAAUGUGUUUAAUAGACCACAUCUGUUUUAAAUAUUCCCUGAUCUAACCUGGAAAGCAAUUUUUUAACCUUGCAUUGAGGCCUUAUUCACACAGACCAGUGAGUGACCCAAAACUAGGUGUGAACACAGAAGAGGAGGAAAUCUUUCCAUGAUAUCUUACCUCUGUGUAGGCAUCACUCCUGGCUUUGGCUCAGAAUCCCUGACGGAAAUCAAUGACUAAACAUUGACUGUCUGAAUAAGGCCUUAUGCCCUGAGCUUUCAUUCAGUCUGCUAUCAUUAUUGAUGGAUGCUGUUAUUAGCUAAUCAAGCUGCUUUUAUUUCUCAAAUAUCCAUAUUUAACUAUUUCUAAGACAAAUCUGCCUAAAGCAUUAGUUUGCUGCCACACGUCAUUGCUGUGCUGUGUUUUCAGUAUGGGAAAGAAAAAGCACCAAAAAAGUCAUGCAGUCUUUGCAACUACCCACCUGCAUUUAUGAUGCGUUUUCUUCCAGCAAACGGAAAAUGCAAAUCACACAGCAAAACUGAAUGAAAUGAAUUACUAAAUAAAGUGACACUGAUGUAAUUUUUUUUGCUGUGUUUUUUUCCUUUGCUGGAAGAAAACACACCAUAAACGCCAAUGUGUUGUUGCAAAAAAACGCAUUUGUUAUUUGGUGCAGUUUUUUGCCGCACCUAAAAGGGUUGUGGCAGCACCCAAAUGCUAAAGGUGGAAGCAAUGUCUGUCCAUAUGUAAUAAGAUGUAGUAGCAACAUUUUCUUAAAAUAAUUAUUACUUUUGUUUUAUUCUGCUUUACAUAAAGUGCUUUCACUAAGGCCUUUUUCACACUGUGUCGGCAGUGUUCCUGACAGAAACCUCGGGUGCUUGUGUUUAACAGAAGGGGCAUCCUUCCUGCAUAGGCAGUCAUGCUACAAAAAUAAAAAAAUAUAAAACAUUUGUGCUCUAUUUGUUUACUGUAUGGCUCUGUAUGAAAUAGUGCAGUAUUCCAUGCAGUAAAAAAAAAAAAUGUACUCCCCUCAGGGAUCCCCUAUUGAGUCCGUACAAUCGCUGCCUGGUUCCCUGCCACUCUCUGCUUUCUGGUCCAGCAGUUACAUCCUGACACAGGGACAUGUGACCGCUGCAGCCAGUUGCUGGCUGCAGCAGUCAUAUGUCCCUGUGUCAAAAUGUCAUGCUGGAUCAGUGGGGCACUAGGUAACGGCGUUACAGGAGUGCCGUGGGAUCCAUGAUACUGAUGAUACUAUGUAAUAUAAAGAGUCAGUUGGCUCCGAGGUGAAUCUCCACUUUAAGUUUAGAAAACAGAAGAAGUGGAUUGCAGGCCAGUAAAUGUUUGAAAUAUGCAAAAUAGGUCUCAAAGAAUUUCAGAUUUUCUUCCUAGGUAAAAAACAAUGUUAUGCAACAUCCGUGUAACUUUAUAUGUUUACGUUUACAUUGAGUAGAAGCUAUUGGUAGUCAAGUACAGUGUAAAUAGUGAUCAUAGCAUCAUUUAUUAAUCCGAAUAAUGAUCAAAUCUGGGAAUACAUGUGAAAGUGACCAUCUGGUUUAAGCAAAAUAUUCACAUUAACUGGGGAAUGAUCAGAACACUUACAUGGUGACCUCCUUUUCAGAAGAUCUGCUAAUCCUCUUCUUCCAUCCAUGAUGCUUGCUAUGUUUCUCACACUAUGCAUUGGUAGGCCUAGACACUUCCUGUUUGUCCAACCCUGAUUUUUGGAUUAGCCAGAUGUGUUCAUGAGAGCAGUGCUGACCAACCCAAGGGAAACAGGAACUAUCUUGUGUUACCAAAUGCAAAGUAUGCAUCAGGUAGUCUGAGAAGGGGUGCGGGCAUCUUGGGUGACAGAAGAGGAGCCUGGGAGUUGACAGAUCUACAAAUGAAAAGGAGGGCACUAGGCAAGUAUUGUUCAUUCCCCAGUUAAUAUGAUUUUUUUUCUAGAACCAUAUGGUUGCUUUAAAUCACUAACUACGUAAGAUAAAGUAGACCAUUAACUAUGUUGUCCAGUAAUUACCUAGACACUCUAUAAGAAUGUCACCCAGCUUGCCGGGCUCAUGUAAAGGCUCAUUAUUUACAGGAUCUUUCCUUGGCUUCACUUGACUCCAUUUACUAGUUGGCAAAUAUAUUUCAUCAAAAUAUAUAGAGACACCAUGUCCAUUACUAUACUCCAAUAUAAUAUAUCCAGUGUAAAAUCAACCAUACGUGCUAUGUACAUUUAUCUAGUGUAGCUCUAAAUAUGGUACUUUUUCAAUUUUCUGUGUACAUUUACUUUUUGACAUUUUAAUGAUAUUUAGCAUAAAAUAGGAACAGCAGCACAGGUAAAAUACGAUGAACUAACUUCCAUAGCUAUUCCCAGGAGAUCUGUCAGCUCCUGUCUCCUUUAAUGGCACUUUUUACAGAUUUGACUUUCAAACUUGUUAUAUUAUUUGUGGCUGCUAUGCCUGGUGUUCUGCACACCUUUGUCAUUUCCUUCAGUGGCAUAUCUGUUUUAUGCCAGACUAUAUAACACAUAGGCCCACAUUAAAUGUAAUAGCUGUAGACUGAAAAUUGAAUCUAGCCGGAGUGAGGCCUGGAGAGGUUCAGUACAUGGCACAUUUAAGGAGAUUAGUGCUGCUGGUGCCAUUAACUACUCACUCCUAAGGUACUUAGACUUCUUCUCUGUGUGGUGUAAUAUAAAAUUGUUUUAGAUAGUUUUAAAUUGUUUUGUUUGUUUGUUUUUUCAUACGUUUCCUUCAAGUCCCCCAGAAUAGUACUUCACAGAAUGGACUUGGAAACAUCAAGAUUACUUGUGAACAUUUAGACAGAUUUGGGGAAGAGAAGUACCAUUUCUGAAUACGGUAUUUAUUAGGGCUCUUUAGUAUGUCUACUCUACCUUGCAGAAAAGUUUAUCAUGUUGCGGUACAUUUACCCAGGAUUGGAUGUUCUAUUAGGUACAAGAGUCAGACAGUCAAGUAGUCCCUCUCCAGUACUGAUCUACAUGCAGUGUAGCUCUUUGCUGUAAUAGAAAGAAACAAAAAGUUGCACUUGACCAUGUAAAAAAUAAAUAAAUCUGGUCCAUGGUUGACUGGUUUAAUAAGAAAGUCUUAAGUAUUUUAUGCCUACAGGCUCCUGCAAUGUAAAUUUGGCACUGCAUUUACUUGCAUUAUUCUUGAUCACCAGAACAUGUCUCCAUAUAACUAGAAGUGUUGUUUUAAUCCUUGACAAUGAUUUUAUGUCAACGGCAUCAAAUUAUAUAUUACACUCCUCAAAGGGAUUGUGCAAACCUAUCCCUAUAUAGGAAAAAAAGACUUUAUCUGAUGUGUUUUCGGUACUAGCCCGAGUUGUUCACCUGAUAAUGUCUCUGCAACUGCCAUUUGUACAGAUCUUGCUCCAGGCACUGCUCAGGCCCAGCGGAGCUGCACAGCAAUUCAAGUACCGUUUAGCUACCUGUGAACACAGCCUUGUCUCUCUGUGGCUCUGCGGCUGAGCAGCCGAUAGCCUGCUGCAUAUUAAUAUGGCAUUUUAUCUCUUGGCUAUUUAUAAACCUUCUAAACCACCACAUAAUGUCAACCAGGAUUCGCAUAAAAUAUGUUUUUCUUUCUUUUGAUACGAUAUUGUCCCUACCCCCAUCCCAAGUGACGCAGUCUACAUUUUUCCCAAAUGCUGUCUAUCACCUCUGUAUGUUAGCAGGGUGUUUUCUGGCCAUUUGCAGCCUGACACUAAUGUACAGUAGCUAUAACACUACACACACAGGUCCAUUUAGUAAAUUCACACUUUUAAGUCCAAAUGGUCAAAUAUUAUAGUUUCCCUGUGACAUGUAAGGAUAGCAUUCAUAUCUGCAACUUUUAAUUGUACCAUUUCAACACAAUCAAAACUAUGGGAUUGGGGGAACCAUAAAGGGGUUUUACAUCUCCCUGAUUAUUAUUAUUUUCUCUAUUAUAUCUCUAUCUAGAUAAACAUAUGUUGUUUAAGAAUCAGUCGACUGUCUAUUCCACUAAGCAUUUCAGAUCUUUGACAAUUCAAAGUAAACCCCCAUUAACCUUUGUAUGCCUUUUGUGAGAGUAAGACUAAUGAAAGGUCUUCUAAUCAAUUCACAAGAUGUACCAAUCUCUUGUAGUAUACAGCCAUCAGUACUAAUGUCCUCGGAUGUUUUCAAGUGCAGGAUCAGGAUAAAUUUAUGGGAACAUCUCUUUUCAGUAGUCAUUUAGGGUUUAUCGGAAAACAGAAUUUAAAAGGACUUUAUGUGUGGUUAUUGAAUGUUGAUAUGUAGAUGCUAGAUAGGAACAAAUAAGCAAGUUUAGGCUAUUAAACAGAAAAUCCAAUUUAUCGAGUGAUAUUUUUCUUCAUGGAUAUGUUUAUGGCUUUCUUCACUUUUCUAAAUUUUAUUAGACCAUCUAUUUCCAGCUUAGUGCUUCUAGGCGUACAUAGUAGCAGCCUAUUAUUCAGCUGGCUGUUUACAUGCUGCCUCAUAAUAACUGCUAGAUAGAGGUUGUUAGGCAGUGCAUAACCUAACAACCCUGUCAAAUGAGAAGUCUCUACAGCAUUCAUUUACCAUAUAGGAUUCACUUACAUAAAGUUGAGUGACUUUAUGAAUACUCAUACACUACUAAACUUGUACUGAUCCUGCGUUACAACCUGUCAUGUAGUCCAGAGCUACAUUCACAGUUCUGACUCACCGGCGAUAAAGAGCUUUGUCUCACCAAGCACUAUACAGUACAGUAAUCAUAUAGGUAACUAUUAUUGCAGGAUCUUAGUUAUCAUGUUAGGGUUGAGUUUGACAACAAGCAUGUCGACAGUUUCCAGGAACAACCAACAGAAUUAUGAAUACAGCUCUGAGUUAUAAUACAGGUUGUAAUUCACUAUCAGUGCAAAGAUAAAAAAAACUAUAAUUGACUCAACUGUUUAUGCAGAUUAAUUCUAUAUGUAAAUUGAGGUGUUCAGCUGUGAGUGUAACCUUUAAGGAAUUGUCAGCCUUUGCUAAGAACAGGAAGUGUCUUUGUCGAUUUUGGACAGAUUCAUGCUAGUGUAAUGAGCCCAGUCCAUUAUAUAGCAUGUAAGGGCACUGCUGGUUUAAGGAUCUUCACAUGGGCAGAUAAUUACCUAGAUGAAUGGCUGCAUGAAUGGCCAGAUCAUUUAUGUGACCUUUCUUUUACAUUAUUGUCGACGGCACAUCCUCUGUUAUCUGGAGAGAGGUACUGCCAACAAGCAACAUCCAGUCAGCCGUCAAAUGAGUGUUUGCUUUGUUGUUGACUGAUUGGUAGGCCUUUUACAUGGGCAAAUGAUCCUUAAUAAAAAAAUAAUUGGCCCUUUGUGUGAGGUUAGCCAGCUCAGAUGGCCAAAUGAGGCCAAAUAAAACCAAUAGCCAGGACAUUUUUAUGUAGAAUGUGAUGUGAGUGAAUGAUGGCCAUGUUUAUUAUGGUCAUGAUUCAUGUUGAUUUUGUUUUUUGUAGAGUUUGCCUCCCAUUUCUUGUAAAACAUAGAGUACUGUAUGCUUUAAACAUAUGUAAGGAUUGUAAAGCAAAACAAGUUUCCUUUGAAGAUCACACAAUCCAUCUUUCUUCAGAGUAGUUCCACACAAUGGAGCUUCUAUGUAUAAUUGCAGUUUUAAUAAAAAAUUGUACUAGAUUGAAGGUAGCAGUAGAAAGUGAUUCUCACACCCCUUUCAAUACAUCACUGUUGACAGUUUUGUGGUGGCAGAUUGCUUUGACUGGCCUUGUGAGACGUGAAAAUGUAAACUUGAAUUCUGUGUUGCAAUAUCGAAUUCUAGUUAAGUGCGGACAUGACACGAAUGCAAAAAAGCUGGAUGGAGCACUUUUAAACCGUAAAAUAAUACUAGUCAUUUGCAAAAGGACAGCUGAGGAGGCAUCCUAUCAUUUAUCACGUUUACAAUGGUUUUACUUCAAUUUCGCAUGUACAUUUUUCAAGACCCUUUCUUUCCAAAUUAUUGUACAUUGGCUAAUGAGUCCCCUUAUAUUUAUAGAAGCUGUGAUAUAGUACAUUUCUCUAUUGUGUAAAUGUUACUUUGUGUUUUUAUAGGUUGGGAUAUUGUUGCUUUACAAAAAUGAAAUACAAAAAUUGACAGCAUCAAAAAUGAUUUUUAUGUAACUUAAAUCAUCCAAAUUAAUGAAGGAUCUAAAGAAACAAAGUGUGUAUAUGACAUGUAUAUGUACAAACUUUAGCAAGAAAUAAAACAAAUGUAUUUCACCUGCA